UUUUAGAGAUUCUUUGAAAGAUUUCUUGGAUUUCAUUGUUGCUUCAUUUUACUUUGUCCCAAUUUGGCAGUUAACGACUCUCAUCUCUAACACAACUCACUUAUUAUCUAUUUUACGGGGUAUAAAUACAAGAAUGUUUAAACUCAACUAACACUUUGCAGAGUCUCCGGUUGUCAACCUAACGUGAAGCGAAGCUUUCUGUUGCCACGCUGUCUCUACAGACAAAUGAGACAAGCUCGUAUUUGACACUGGACCACUAUGCAGUCUGUAACAGUGUUUUUAGCCUUUACCAGCCUCUGUUUGGAAGUACAUCACGUCUAUUGUAAAAUCUGUCCUGUUGACCAGUACACUAUUGUCAGCUCAAACGGGAGCUUUGUGAAGUGCUUUCCUUGUGACACAUGUCAUCCUGGUUGGGGAUCGUAUCCUCUAUGUGGAACACAACUUACAAAUGAAAGAAUGUCUGAAAUAUCUUGCAAAGUAUGCCCUUCAGGCACAUUUUCUGCCGAGCUAGACUCCUCCCCUUGUAAAAACUGUCAACAGUGUGCCCCUCAUGAGAUAGCAUCUGCCAGUUGCACCAGGGUAUCGGACACAAGUUGCAAUAAAACAUGUGAUAAGGGAUACUUCUUUGUUGAGGUCUCUCACAGCUGUCAACAAUGUUCAUAUUGUUGUUUUGACAAAAAAGACGAACCACAGCCAGAAUGUAUCAAACAUGGCUUCAAUGCUACUGGUCAAUACUGUAGCAUUCGAUUGGAUAAGACUUGCACUCCAGUGCAUCCAACUACUAGGACAACCUUUUCAACAACUGUGACGCAGUACCAUGACAAAUCAGCCCCUCCCGCUACCAGUGGAAAUGUAACUGGUGAUACUACUAAGAGCAGCACUCAGAAUACUAUCGCAAUAGUACUUGGUGUGCUGGCUUCUAUAUUUGUCACUGCACCAAUUUUUGGAUUCUUAUGUUGGAGAAUUAGGAGGAAGAGACAAAGGGUAGUGAGCGGGAUUAAUGAUAGAGAUACUGCUGAAGGUGCACUGAAUGACACCAGCUACUCUAGCCAAGGACCCACACAGUCAGAUUCAAGUACUGUGAUGCCAUCCCGCACAGUAACAACAUUACAAGCCAACUCAGGUUAUGCUCCAUCCUCUCCAGAAGAAUCUCCCUGUCCAACUGAUGAUGAAUUAGGUGAACUGCCUGACCAAAAGGAUAAACUACGAAAGAAGCGUAUUUCAAAACAACAAAUCAGUAAGGAAGCAGGAGAAUCAAGGGACAGUGCCAGUGAGAGCUUGUUGGGAUCCAGAGAGGAAGACAGUGGUGAAAAAAAAGGGCAAGACAAAAAUGAUGUUGGUCAAGCAAUGACUAGGAGACCAAGUCUUGUAGAGACGGCCAUAAGGAGACUGUCCAAAGAUCGCUAUCAGCCAUUACUAGGAGAGGAUCCAGAUGAGAAAAAUGGAAAUGUGCAAAUGGGAGCAAGAAGGUUCAGCCUGCCAAUUACAAACUUUAAGCCAAUGUUAAAAAGGACUUUAUCAGGCAAUCGCACUCGUAACAAGGAAAACUUGCAGGAUCCAAAAAAAGAUGAUGGUACAAAAAUUGCAGCAAAACCUUUCAAGGUUGUGGUGCAAUCUAAAUACAGAAGUAGUACAGUAGAGAAAGAAGGUUCACGAGUGGAAUUUAAAUGCGACAUCCCCGGAGAGACAAAAGCACGUUAUCAGUGGUUUAAAGAUGACUCCAAGAUUCAAGGUCAAAGAAACUCUUCCCUCGUUUUGGAUCCAGUUAAGGUGGAAGACUUUGGCAAUUACAAGUGUGAAGUGAAGUAUGAUGAUGGUAACAGUGAGGAGUGUGUGACAUCUCUCCCUGCAGAACUAGACAUUGUCCCCAGUGAUGGAAUGGAGCUCAAAUGUCUCGGAGAUGUAGAUCUCAAUAUUAUAGAGGAGGUUGGAAACCUUCUGACCAAGAAACAACGGGGGACUCGAACCUGGAUGCAACUCGCUAUCAAGUAUAAAAUGGAGAAACAUAAAAUAUUUGCUCUUGAAAACAACCUAGGGACAGCCGGAAAAGAAGUAAUCGAGUUCCUGACAACGUCAAACCCGAAACUUACAGUGUAUGAUUUUUGCAAGAAUCUUAAAGAGGAAAACAUACGGCGUUUGGACAUUGUUGAAGUAUUAUCAGCUCAUCUUUCGGCUACAAUUUCAUGCGGGGACGUACGUGUUUAAGAGUCUCUUUACGUGACAUCACUUAAUCCAUAUUUUUGGUGCGGCGAUUCAAUGAGCAAAUGAACAGUAAGAUUAUUUUUUAGUUGACUAUCUAAAGUCACCUAAUGCACUUGGAUUUGCUUUACUUCACUCUUCCAUUGGGGUAGAAAACCUGUUCCAUUUCCUCAACAAAUCAGUAACAACACAAAAAACAAAUCCAUUAGCUUUAGGUGGGCAGUUUGUCUUUUUUGACCAAGGAUUCUCAAUGGCUCCUUGUGAAUUUUUACUUCGUUCUUCGUUCCCCUUUUCCGAGUCAUCUUAGAAUCAUUUUUUUAAGCGAUACAAACCGGCAUACAUUUUUCAAGAAGUUAUGAAAAUGUAUUAUAAGAAGGAUUAGUUAUUGAUAGAAGUUCUUAGGUUGCGAUCAAAUAUGGUCUCUAGUUAAGUUGGUGACGCUUUUGAAUGCAGUGAAUCGCAUCGACAAUUUCAGGGUCUGUGUGACUACUAGAUCAUGAUCCAUAAGCAAAAUUCAGUAUAAAGGGAGGUUGUAUAAUUUGAAACGUUCCCUCGAGUAAGUUUAUUUCUAUAGGACCUUGACAACUAGAAAAGAUGCUGACUAAAAUUCGCAUACUCCUUUACAGACCAGAAGAUAAUAUGAAAACGGUUAGAUAAGUGUGUAAGAGUCAAUGGACUGCAUUGACGGGAAAAAUAUGGAUUAUUGUCUCAAUUUUUUAUAUAUAUUUUUUGUAUUUAUAGAGUUUUCAAGUUUUAGCAACUUAGUCAUUGUUUCCUAAGUAAACCAUAUUCGGGGAAACUUUCUUAUAGGACAUUUCCAUCCAUACUUGAUAACGUGGUGGUAAGAUUUCAGAUUUCAUAGGUGAACAGAUGAAAGUAUUAUAUAUGCCCAAUUACGACUGAUUUUUGUGUGUGUUAGAGUCAACGGACUGCAUUGAUAAGGAAAAUAUGGAUUACUAUCUCAAUUUUUUUCUAUAUUUUUUGUAUUUAUAAAGUUUUAGCGAUUUAGUCAUUGUUUACUGAGUAAACCAUAUUCAGGAAAACUUUCUUAUAAAAGAUUUCCAUCCAUACUUGAUAACGUGUAUUUCAGAUUCAUAGAUGAACAGAUGAAAGUAUUAUACAUGCACAAUUACGACUGAUUUUUGUAUCCAAGCACAUUUGUAUAAGCUUGCUAUGAAAGCACGCGCACAUGUUGUCUCCAGCUAUCAUACAAAUGUUUCUGAAUUUUGAUGUAAGUUGCAUUUUACAUAAGCUGGUUGUAGUAGUAUUAUUGCGGACAAUUUUUAGAGUCCGACUGUGGAAUUUCUGUAGAUUACCCUUGCAACUGAGUGGUCACUGACGAUUGCCAGUUGUUGCGUCAAGUUCAGCCAUAAAUUUACAUAGUGUCAUCCGGAUUUAUUUAAUAAUGUUAGAAACUUUGACAUAAAUUGACACCAAAAUAGGCACACGUGAUAUACUUUUUGAAAUAGCAAUUAUUUUAGAAGUGAACGUACAGAAAUAUUGUCAAAAGCUUUUGAAGCUGAUGUAGAUUUUUCGUUAUUACAAUUAUUUAUCGAGUAUAGACUGCAAUCAUUGGAAUGCAUGGAGAUUCACUUUCAUGACCUUCGGUUCGCAUGACAGCAUGGGGCUUGGGACAGAGGCUGCUAAGGGUUAUUCUCAAUCCCAAUGCCUUUUGAGUUUCAGUACCAUUAUUGAUGAGCGAAUUUUUUGGUAAACUUAUUUUAAUUUGUCGCAGGACAAUCGCACUAUUUACACAACGCAUACUCUUUAUUUAUCCAAA